CAUAUGGCAUGAUGAAGUGAAUGAAUGCACGCACAUACCUACAUAAAUACAUACUCAUAUUUAAAAGGGGUAAGUAUGUAUUGUUAAGCUGCCCUCUCCCUAUCAUUAUUUUCCGGCGACAUCAAUGUGCAUAUUAUUUACAAACAUAUUUAAACCCAAAUCGUCGGCACUUGUUUGACACAUGUUGCUCCCAAUUCGCCAUCAAUUCGCCAUUGCUAAGCAACUUAAGUGACCACAACAUUUUUACGGGCCACUAACCACUAACUCUAUUGUAAGCAGUAAUCUUGAUGGACGAAAAUAGUAUACCUUUACCAGUGCAGAGACAGAUAUGUACUAUUAUUGCUUAAAGAAAAAAUGAAACAUUUCAAAGCUAAAGCCAGCUCAUUACCGCUCUUUAAUGGUCGAAUAUCCGAUUCAUCCAUAUCGAGUAGCUCUUCAUCUGUUGCUCUUGUCGCGUCGAAAUCAAAAAAGCGGGCGACCUUCAAUGGAGUUAUGCAACCAAAAAUAUUUACCAUAUCUAACUCAUCAUCAUCGGUGGUGUCAUUGUUGAAGGACGAGCCUCCAAGGCCUGCAAAGAAAAGCCUAGAAUCUGCAAAUAUUUACAAUGACGACGGAGUAGUGGGUCGAACACCAAAAGUGUCAGAAGUCGCUGGUCCCGAGCUUCAUAAUUAUGAGAAACUUCGCGUAGUAGGACAAGGUUCAUUUGGAGUGGCAAUAUUAUAUCGACGUAAAGUUGACAAUCAUCAUGUCGUAUUUAAGCAAAUUAACUUAUCCGAUCUCACGCCAUCCGAACGAGAUUUGGCUAUGAAUGAGGUGGAGGUCUUUUCCAAGCUUCAUCAUCCGAACAUUAUCAGUUACCUCGGCAGCUUCAUUAGGGACAACACAUUGCUGAUCGAAAUGGAGUACGCUGAUGGUGGAACACUCGCCCAGGUCAUAGCCGACCGUCCGGUCAAAGAUUAUUUUCCUGAACGUUAUAUCAUCGCAGUGUUUGAACAGAUUUCUAGUGCCAUUAAUUACAUGCAUUCGGAGAAUAUCUUACAUCGAGAUCUAAAAACUGCAAACGUGUUUUUAAAUAAACGCGGCAUUGUAAAGAUUGGCGACUUUGGCAUAUCAAAAAUAAUGAAUACUAAGGUUUUAGCACAAACUGUUUUGGGAACGCCCUACUACUUCAGUCCAGAGAUGUGCGAAGGCAAGGAGUACGACAACAAAAGCGAUAUUUGGGCCUUAGGCUGCAUUCUUGGCGAGAUGUGUUGCCUCAAGAAGAGUUUUGCGGCUUCAAACCUCUCGCAAUUAGUAUCCAAAAUAAUGGCGGGCAAUUAUACUGCCAUACCUACAGGAUAUUCUUCAGGGCUACGGAGUCUUCUGAGCAAUCUUUUGCAGGUAGAUGCUUCUCGACGGCCAAUGGCCUCGGAAAUAUUGGAGUAUUGGAUUCCAUUGAUAUUUAGAAAUUUGGGGAAAAAUAAAGGAUAUUCCUAUAAAGAGGAUAUAUUUGCAUCAAACUCCGUUCCGAAGAUGAGCGCCGAAUUAAGAUCCACAAAAGAGGAUGUGGAGCUCAGUUUUAAUUUGGAAACAGAUAGAUCCACUCAAGCAUUGUCCGAGCUGCCAACUGGAUGUACCGAAAUGAGGGAGGUGAUGAAUGCUGAAACUGCUGUCCCGAAUGAAGUCCUUUAUAAGCGAUCCGUUCUAUACCAAUUGAAAGCGUUCGGAAACAGUUUCAACAUGAAUCCCAUACAGUUGCCACCAAAAUCGCGUAUACGCACUGUCGCCACAAGUGAUUCACAUUUUGUAGUAGUAAACGAUGAUGGUUCCGUCUAUGCUUGGGGAGAGGGCACCCAUGGUCAACUUGGAUCUACAUCGCUUGAAGCAUGGAAGCAUUACCCUAGCCGAAUGGAGAGUGUCCGAAACCACCACAUUAUAAGUGCUUGCGUUGGAGAUGGGUUUACCAUUUUACUAGCUCAAUCCGGCACCAUUCUCAGUUGUGGCGAUAAUUCAAAGUAUGCGCUCGGACAUGAAGAUAACAAAACGUUCCACACCCCGAAAAAUGUCAGCAAAUUACAGGAUAUACAAAUCGAAAAAAUAGCAUCCGGCACAGCACAUGCGCUUGCUUUAAGCGCCGAUGGUUCAAUCUAUGUUUGGGGUACCAGCGCGUACGGCGCUCUUGGUCUGGGCAAAUUACAGACGCAGCAGAGAACUCCACAAAAAGUACUGCUGCCCCAUGUGAAUGGCAAGGCGGAGAAAAUUUUUUGCGGCCCCAAUGUUUCGGCAGUUCUUUUCAAAAACGGCGACUUGUACCUCUGUGGAUGCAACAAAUACAGGAAGUUGGGAUUUAAGAAGAAUAUCACAAUAACAGCAUUCAAAAAACUUCAAAUGCCACAUAAAAUCAUUGAGGCGAGCUUUUCUUCGAUGCAUACUGUAUUACUGCUGGAGGGUGGUUGGAUAUAUACAAUGGGGCGCAAUUCCGAAGGACAACUCGGCAUUGGACACACUGGGGAAAUGGAUCGGCCUACGCCGGUGGAAUUCGUUAAGCAUCGCAAUAUUGUUAAUUGCAAAUGCAAUGAUCAAGGAACGUUGGUUACAUCUGACGACAACGUCAUCACCUUCUGGGGCACUAGAAAUGGAAUACCAGAGUUUGAGGAUGGAAAUUUCGAUAAGUUACAACUUGGAGGUGAAGAUUUUGAUUCAGAAAUCGGUAAUAAUACUGUGGCGUUUACAAAUUUUCUUGCCUCGGUUUAUAAAUCAGAGCUGCUUUUGGAACCGGUCGAUAUUUUAGCUUUGCACACCUCAGAGAAGCAACGCCAAAAGGGCUACUUCAUACAGGUAAAUAACAUUUACAUAUUGCCGCACAGUGUUUUAGUAAUGGUAGACACUACAACACCUUUGGUAUCGUCCCUGGAGGAGCCUCAGUGAAUUAGCGCUUGUUCGAAUUGCAAUCACAACCGCAGUGUUGCGCGAAUUAUUAAAGUAUAAUGUUCGGUGUCAUGUUCUAGCAACGUUUUAUCAAUCGGGAAGUUGCAACAGACUUGGAAAUCAUCAGCGCUGCAGUAUUGCCGCUUUUAUUACGUGCCUGGAACAGGGCCUUAAGUUUAAUAAUAAAAGCAUCUUAUUACAUUUUGCAUGAAUGUAACUUGUUUUAUUAUAAUUCAAAUGUUACUUAUUUGACUACAAAAGACAUUGUCGUAGUAUAAUAUUUUGGAAUUGCAAGUAAACCAAAAAAGGAAAGAAGCAAUUAGAAUCACGACCAUGAUUGCGGUGAAUCAUUGUGUUCUAUUUCCCCAUUUCUAAUGACUGAUUACAAUGCAAAUAUUUGCUUUCUUUCAUAUGUGGAUUCCGGCAA